GGAGGAGGCAGGCGGAGGAGGCCGGCGGAGUGCUGGGACACGGGAGAAGAGGGUCGCCGCUGAGCUGCUGCCCCCUUUCCCGAGCGGGCGUGCGGCUGCGGCUUCUUUCUUGACCGGCUUCCCCGCGAGGCAGGAUCUUCUGCUGUGAAGACGUUACCUAAGUGCCAGCAGAUCUGACCCACGAAGCCUGGAAAGAGAAGACCAUCAGGUUGUUGGGCGCGGUGCCGUCCAGCUCCACCUCCCCUAGAGGCCCCCGGACCUGAGGCAGAGGUGGAAGUGGGGUGGCCUGGCCCCCCUCCUGCAGACCCAUGGCGCGUCGGCUCCAGUUACAACUGCUGACGUGGGAUGUGAAGGACACGCUGCUCAGGCUCCGCCACCCCGUGGGGGAGGAAUAUGCCGCCAAGGCCCGGGCCCACGGGCUGGAGGUGGAGGCCGCGGCCCUGGGACAGGCCUUCGGGCGGGCAUAUAGGGCUCAGAGCCACAGCUUCCCCAGCUAUGGCCUGAGCCGUGGCCUCACCUCCCGCCAGUGGUGGCUGGAUGUGAUCCUGCAGACCUUCCACCAGGCAGGCAUUCGGGAUGCCCAGGCUGUGGCCCCCAUCGCUGACCAGUUGUACGAGGACUUCAGCAGUUCCCGCACCUGGCAGGUGUUGGAGGGGGCUGAGGCCACCCUGAGGGGGUGCCGAAAACGAGGUCUGAGGCUGGCAGUGGUCUCCAACUUUGACCGACGACUGGAGGACAUCCUGGCGGGUCUUGGUCUGCAGGAACACUUCGAGUUUGUUCUGACCUCCGAGGCUGCCGGCUGGCCCAAGCCCGAUCCCCGCAUUUUCCAUGAGGCCUUGCGCCUUGCUCAGGUGGAACCGGCAGUGGCAGCCCACAUUGGGGACAGUUACCAAUGUGAUUACAAGGGAGCACGGGCCGUGGGUAUGCACAGCUUCCUGGUGGCUGGCCCUGAGCCUUUGGACCCUGCGGUCAAGGAUUCUGUACCCCAAGAACACAUCCUCCCCUCACUGUCCCAUCUCCUGCCUGCCCUUGACCGCCUGGAGGGCUCACCCCCAGGGCUUUGAGCCUGGCGAGGGAAGCGGUCAGGCCCAACAGACACUGGAGACAGGGAGCUCCUUCUUUCCCUGAGAUCUGGCCUUCACCCCCCCACCCGCCGCAGCCUCCAUAAUGCAUUCCAACUAUAAAGCAGUGAAUGCGGGGCAUUCAACCCUGCGCCACUAACCAGC